AUGGAGUCCGACGCACUACAUGGUCGCUACCGCUCCCGCGUUCUACGAGAGAUGAACGCUAAUCGCGAGAACCCUUUCAACUCCCCGCCAUCUUCCACCGGCUCCCACGGCACCGUCAGCCCGACUAUGUCCUCCGUCUUCUCGGAUCCCGACGGCGAGUCCACGCGCAGACUUAACGAGGAUAUAGCUCGUCUUGUCAAUCCUAAUAACGGAAGGCUCCAGGUCGACUUGGAAGCUGCCCACCGCAAGUGGCCCGAAUUCUACGCCAAGCCAAAGAACCCCGAGCCCAGAGCAGCCACCAAGACCAACGGUUCGUUGCGGCACAAGGAGAACGUUUCACACAAGAGCAUCGUCCAAAAGUAUCUCUCAACCAUUGAUGACACUGAGCAAGAUACCUGGCAAGGUUCUAAGCGGACCCGCGCUGAGAUGCAGCCCCGCGUCGACAACGACUCGGAUCUUUCUUCCAACAUGUCCAAGUCGCCAUUCCAGUUCGAUAUCAACGCCGAGAACUUCCGUUUCAACCCCCAGCAACAACGACACCAGAGCCCUCUCGCCAAAGGCCACGCUCGCACCGCCUCCGGAAACUACAAGGCUGCUCGACGGGCCUCAAUGGCCGCGAACGCCGAACGCAGGAAAUCAGACUUCUUGGCCCCUCCUACGCAGGCCACACCCAAGCCUGAACCGGUCCAUAGCGCUCCUGCAGUCGAGUCUACUCCCGUCACCUUCAACACGAUUAAGAGCCACUUCCCCUCCCCGGCGACCACAGACAGUCCCGCUCAGAACAACGUCACAUGUCGAUCAUUCUUCAUGCCCGACAUCUCUCACCUGAACGAUUUCAUCACGGGCAAGCUCCGCUUCGACGGCGGCGUGCAGAACGGCGUUCCCGUCUUCGUCAAGAACGGCCGCGUUCGCAAUCGCAUCGAGACUCAGCCGCCUAAUGACCACGCCGAAGUUGACGGUCUUGCGAUCCCUCCAGACGAGGAGAACUUGUUUGUGUCUCUGGAUAUGAUCAGGGACGAGAUCUGCAAUCUCCAGGAGCACGAUGAUCUAGUGCAAAGACAUGCGCUGGCGUUGGAGGAACAAGUGGUCGACUUGAAGAAUGAGCUUAAGCGGUUGAAGGGCCGCAAGUCAAUCGAUAGCGCCAUUGGUUCCAGGACGGCCUCAGAACCUGAGACCGCUGCCGAUGAGCGUUACCACAUGGAGAAGCUUCAACUUGAGUCCCAGAUGGCAGCAUUGCAAUCUCGACUUGAACAGGCGACUACCCGGAUUGGUGUCAGCGAGGCCGAGAACAACACUCUAUCGCUCGAAAAGGACCGGGCUGUGAAGAAGCUUCAAGAAGCUUGUGUGAACAUUGGCGAUCUGAUGGACAAGAUUGAGACGCAGGAGAGAGCGCUUCACGAGACUCAGGAAAGACUCAACGCUACCCUGGAGAUCAAUCAUAACCGGGAAUUCGUCCAGAAAACAUCCAGCUUCAAGCAGACCAGCGAGGCUCUGCAAGUCGACAACAAGUCCCUCCAGGCAGACAACAAAACGCUCCGCCAAGAACAGGAAACUUUGCAGCGAGAAAUGGAGGAACUGCGAGCGGACAACAACUCUCUGCGCCGCGAGCAGGAGUCGCUCAUCAGUGAGAACAGGUCACUACGCAGCAACGCGCGCUCACUCAUGACCCAAAACGAGGAGCUCCGCCAAACCGUCGAGAAUGCAAAGGAGGACAUCCAAGCUGCUCACGAAGAAGUCGAGGCUUUGCAGGUAGAACUUCAGACUACGGAGCAGGAACACGGUACCCUCAAGGAGGACAACGAUAGCCUCGUUCGCCACAACGAGAAGUACUUCAACGAGAACAAGAUCCUUCGUCGCGAAAACUCGGGCUUUGAGAAGAGCCUGCACGAUUUGCACGACGAGAACAUUCGUCUGAAGGAGGAGAUCGAGUAUCUCAAGCAGCAACUCGACCACUGCCGUCCGCUAGGCAAAACGGAGGAAUUCUCUGCGCGCCUCAAUAAGGAGGUCGAGGAUGACGAUGAUGAGGAGGGAGAGAACAUGACCUCGGCGUUCUUCAUGCCUGACAUUACGAUUGACAGCACGCAGAACUCGAGAGUCGUUGACGUGACUGCCGAGGAGAAGGCAACACCGAAGCGGACCCCUAGCAAGAGGACCAUCGAGGUCACCGAGACGACAGAGCAGACCGACCGCAGUAUGAACGAUCAGGACACCAUACAGAGCCGGCGAAGCUCGGUCGCCGAAUCUCGCCCCAAGAGACGACCGUCCGCCUCUCGGGCUCCCAGCUCUUCCCAGAAGGUCGCCUUCUCUUUGCCGGAGGGAUCCGCCUCGAACGGGAAGAACAGCAAGGCCUCGAACCUCGCGAACAAGGGCAGCAAGAGAAGCAGUAACUCUCACACGACCUCCAAGAGCUCCGUCAAGGGUGCUUCCGUACCGGAUUUGGAUCCCUUCCAAAGUGAUGACGAGGGCACCAUCCAGUCGCCGGAGCAUACCCAGACCCACUCCAUGGUCGUUGACGUGAAGAGCCGGAAGGAAGGAUCCUCAAAGUCUAGGACUGUCCGGGAAGAGACCACAAACACUACCCGCAACUUGACCAGCCAGAGCCAGAGAAGCGUGUCUCUCAAGCCGGCCGUCAAGUCCUCCCAGAACAAGUCAACCACCAUCGACUUGAUGACCCAAGGCGGACUCGAUAACACGACCACCGAGAUGAAGGGUAACUGCCCUGGCCUGUCUCCGGAUGCUCGCCGCGUCCUUGAUACUUUGUCAGGCCACAGCUGUAAGAACUGCAUUGUGUGCACUCGGAUCAAGGCCCACCGCGGAACAGUGACUGCGGCCGAUAUUGCCGAGGGCAAGAAGCGGAUCAAGGUUUCAAGACCAGUCCCUCCGUCCGAGCAGUACAAGCAGUUGGGCAUGUCCACAGAGGACAACACCGUGCGCCCUUCCCAGCCUCCCGGCCACGCUUUGGCAAAGGUCAUUCAAGGCCUCAGGGACGAGUUGGAGCACAUGAAGAUGGAGGCGGCGAAGAUGCAGGCCCGAUACGACCGACACAAUCCUGCCCUCAGCGAGACCAAGCGCAAGCAGCUGUUUGCGGAUAUCCAGGUCAACCGGAACCAACAGGAGGUGAAGAAUGGGCAGAUCUACGCUCUCUACGACGUAGCAGAGGGUCAGAAGCAAGCAGGACAGGACAUGUCGGAAGAGGAGCUCGACGUAACCGUCUUUAGCAUUACAGGAUUGAGUGUCAGGGAUAUUACUGACCAGGUUACUUGGGAGGGCAUUUCAGCAUAG